CCUCUUCUCCUGGUUACGCCAGUGUGGUGUCAGUAGGUGAGAUAUUGGAUGUAAAAGAUACGUCGCCAUUAGUACCAAGCGGAGAGGUGAUAUUAUUAGUAUUAUCAAAUGUCACCUUCAUUAUUUAUCUGAUUUUCCUAGAUAAGGACCCUUACGAAUAGUGCAUACGUGUGUUCAGUAUCAUGUACUUGACUGUUGGUAUUGAUUAAGGCAGCCAUGCAUUUAGGACAUUUCUAUUCCAGGGUGACAGUUUUAAAUCCGUUAGCCUAUCGGUCAUCUCUAUGAAUUUUGAAGACGUGUUCACGGGAAUCAGUAGCGUAACUGGCUCUCCAAAACGUUUUUUUAUCCUGCCGAUCAGAUUAAAAUCUACGUCAUCCAAAUUAAAAUGCACAGAAAAAGUAACUAAAUCAAAACAAAAAAUCCACUCCUCUGUAAAGUUCCACCCCGUACACGUAUGGUUAUAUUAAUUCAUUCCACACACCACUCCUCUGUAAAGUUCCACCCCGUACACGUAUGGUUAUAUUAAUUAAUUCCACACACCACUCCUCUGUAAAGUUCCACCCCGUACACGUAUGGUUAUAUUAAUUCAUUCCACACACCACUCCUCUGUAAAGUUCCACCCCGUACACGUAUGGUUAUAUUAAUUAAUUCCACACACCACUCCUCUGUAAAGUUCCACCCCGUACACGUAUGGUUAUAUUAAUUCAUUCCACACACCACUCAGUAAAGUUCCACCCCGUACACGUAUGGUUAUAUUAAUUCAUUUCACACACCACUCCUCUGUAAAGUUCCACCCCGUACACGUAUGUUUAUAUUAAUUCAUUUCACACACCACUCUGAAUUUCAUACGUUUAUCAACUCGUGCUGAUAAAUUAUGGUAUGACAAGGCACUCGGGGAGUAUCCUCUAUGUAUAUCGAAAAUAAGCCACGAAAUGUUGCACUUUCGUCAGUUAAUGUUUUGUGGGAGGGGUAACAAAAUUCAUAUUUAUGUGUCAUAGUUUGGUUGAUACAUUGUAUAUAAUGUUUUAUAACCACAUACGUUAAUAUUGUCCCCCAUGGGAUUUUAUUUGGUAUAGUACAACCUUUAAAAGCCUGGAUGUGACUUACUUCUUGACCUUUAAAACUAACGAACAGUAGGCAGUCGCAAUACAUUUGGUAUUAACGUGUCUUAGUGAAGGGGGGAGGGGGGGAGGAUGGCAUGACCCUCUUCUCCUGGUUACGCCAGUGUGGUGUCAGUAGGUGAGAUAUUGGAUGUAAAAGAUACGUCGCCAUUAGUACCAAGCGGAGAGGUGAUAUUAUUAGUAUCAUCAAAUGUCACCUUCAUUAUUUAUCUGAUUUUCCGAGAUAAGGACCCUUACGAAUAGUGCAUACGUGUGUUCAGUAUCAUGUACUUGAUUGUUGGUAUUGAUUAAGGCAGCCAUGCAUUUAGGACAUUUCUAUUCCAGGAUGACAGUUUUAAAUCCGUUAGCCUAUCGGUCAUCUCUAUGAAUUUUGAAUAAUAUAAAGUUUUAAAUAAAUGGUGAAUGACAUCAUUUGGUUGUAACGUUUUGUGCGCAUGUAAUAUAAGGUAUAAACUUUACAUUUUACAAGAAAACAUUAAUAACUAAAUAUAUUUUAGCUACUAUGCAACUUUGUUACUGCCGCUUUAAUACCUCUUAAUGCUAAUAAUCUUGUUUAAAGUAAAAAAUACAAACGGGAAAUAGAACUGUAUUAAUGUAACGUAUAUUUCUUUCUAUCGGGACGUGUGUAUGUGUUUGGGAUGUUUGGAUGGUGAGUGUUGGGUGAUGUGGGUGAGGUUUCAAUGUCUACAGAUGAGUUCAUUGUUUUUGUCAUAGAUGUUUGAGAGGGGUAGGUGUCAUUUAUACCCUACGUCCGGUCUCGUUGUCAUGGUUUCUUUUGUAAAAAAAAUGUAGUUGUAUUCACCCAUACUUUCGGAGAAGCGCACGAUUGUACUGUUACCAACACGUUCUGUUCAUACAUCGGUUGCAACGCAUUGUCUUUCGAAUUCUUCAACACUUUAGGUAUCCAUAUUGGGUGGAAUGUAGACGUUUUUGUCCCUUGUGGUACACAUGUCCAGCUGUCUUGUACCUCUGUUAUACAACACCACGUGCUCAUAAGACGUGUUCACGGGAAUCAGUAGCGUAACUGGCUCUCCAAAACGUUUUUCUAUCCUGCCGAUCAGAUUAAAAUCUACGUCGUCCAAAUUAAAAUGCACAGAAAAUGUAACUAAAUCAAAACAAAAAAUCCUUUUUUUUUCUACCUGGCUUAUUUUCACACCCACGACCGUCUUGUCACAAUUCGCCAUUACAAAAUAAGACAAAAAAAUGGCUUUGCUUGGCGACACUUAUAUAACAACAUUCAAAUUAUGUUUUCGGAAUAUUUCAACCAAUAGAACGAGCCAUCUACAAAAAUUAGUUUGCUGGGUGACAUCAUUUGCAUAUACCAAAGUUCAAAUUAUGUUUUCAUAACGUUUCAACUAAUAGAAUGAGCCAUCUAAUUACACAUACGCACUUAUUGACAGCAGUUCCCUUGAGAGAUUUAUAACACGACACGUCUGUUAAAAAUCAUGCAAUCAUGACCAAAACUGUACGGAUAUUCACAAAUACACCUCGUAAACUGUGGGUAUAAUUAUUACGUAACUAAGUAUAUUUGUGAGUAAACUCCUUUCACACACCACUCCUCUGUAAAGUUCCACCCCGUACACGUAUGGUUAUAUUAAUUAAUUCCACACACCACUCCUCUGUAAAGUUCCACCCCGUACACGUAUGGUUAUAUUAAUUCAUUUCACACACCACUCCUCUGUAAAGUUCCACCCCGUACACGUAUGGUUAUAUUAAUUCAUUCCACACACCACUCAGUAAAGUUCCACCCCGUACACGCAUGGUUAUAUUAAUUCAUUUCACACACCACUCCUCUGUAAAGUUCCACCCCGUACACGUAUGUUUAUAUUAAUUCAUUUUACACACCACUCUGAAUUUCAUACGUUUAUCAACUCGUGCUGAUAAAUUAUGGUAUGACAAGGCACUCGGGGAGUAGGCCUAUCCUCUAUGUAUAUCGAAAAUAAGCCACGAAAUGUUGCACUUUCGUCAGUUAAUGUUUUGUGGGAGGGGUAACAAAAUUCAUAUUUAUGUGUCAUAGUUUGGUUGAUACAUUGCAUAUAAUGUUUUAUAACCACAUACGUUAAUAUUGUCCCCCAUGGGAUUUUAUUUGGUAUAGUACAACCUUUAAAAGCCUGGAUGUAACUUACUUCUUGACCUUUAAAACUAACGAACAGUAGGCAGUCGCAAUACAUUUGGUAUUAACGUGUCUUAGUGAAGGUUUAUCAUGGAUUCCUUUGUAUUCGCCGAUGACGCCAACGAACAAGAUCGCCGCGAGUGUUUGAAAACCAUCCAGAGUUAUCGAGACAAAACUCUGGGGAUUCAGAAGGGCACUGAAGUUUACAACGAAACCAGUGCUGGCUAUGAUAAGGUGAUGAGCACGGCGAAGUACAAAGGACCGGAGGAACUAGUGCGUGUUAUGGAAGACUUGUUCCCAAACAAUCGAGACCAAGUCAAGGUUCUGGAUGCGGCAUCUGGUACAGGCCUCUGCGGAGUGGCGAUGUUCCAAGCUGGAUUUACGAACCUGGACGCUGUUGAUGCAUCGGCAGGAAUGCUGGCCGAAGCAAAAAAAAAAAAUGUCUACCAAAGACUAAUCUGCGAAUACCUGGGAGAAAACAAGUUAGGAAUCAAAGAUCGUAUCUAUGACGCAGUGACGAUGAGCGGAGAAACAACGAGUGGCGAAUUGGGGGAGAAUCUUGUUCCUUCGUCUGCUUUCCAGGAGCUUGCGUCCAUAAUAAAGCCAGGUGGAGUGCUCGUAAACGUAACACGAAAGGAAAACUCUGGGAAUGUUCCCGAUGAAGAAGGCAAAUGGAAACUCGAGUCCAAGAAAACAAUCCCUGCAUAUCUGUUUGACAAGGAAGGAGUUGUACUGACAUACAGAAUUGUAUAAACUUUCGUGUGUUCGCAUUUUGCGUGCUUUCUUUGUCAGUGUGUCACGGAAAGUUAGUUAGUCAAUCUACGUAAUUAACUCAUUUGAUUUGUAUCAAUACCUGUCAAGUAAUAAAAAUAAAAGUACAGUUUGUUUUGA